AUGACCAAAAUAUCACCCUUGGGAGUUUUCGAGAGAUAUUACGUUGCAACGUCACGUAACUCAAUAGACCAUCAAGACAAAGAAAUCCAUUUCGACUUCCCAUUUACAGCCACCUUGGGGAAGCAUAAAGAGUUCAUUAUUCGUUCUCAGUCAUCCACUCAAGACACUGCAACGACACUUCCAGUUCAGAUGGAGUUCUUCAGCUUUUUUCGAUUUUCCAGGAUGAUCGCGUGA